CCUGAAUGAUGUUUAUGGGUGUGCCAGGGUGAAAAAGCAUGAAAUACGCUUUUGACAGCUUCCGUCCUUGCGUUUACUGACUACUUAGGGAAACGCGUCUAUCAACACAAUGGCUUCACCUCCCACUCUAUCCAAAGCCAACACCAACUUCUGCUUGGAUUUGCUGAAAAAACUGAGCGACAAUGACAAGACUGCAAAUAUAUUCUUCUCCCCCUUCAGUAUCUCUUCAGCCCUGGCCAUGGUGAUGCUGGGAUCAGGGGGCAACACAGCCAUGCAGAUGUCUGAGGUUCUUCAUUUCAUUGAGCCACAGCCAAAGCCAAAGCCAAUGCAAAUGCAAAUGCAAAUGCAAAUGCAGCAACAGGUCCAGUCCAGUGUGCCAGCAUGGCUGCAGAAGUGUCUGAAAACCAAGGGUGAGGAUGAAGUUCACGCCAACUUUGCAAAACUUCUGACUGAGUUGAACAAACCAGGCGUGCCGUAUUCCCUCAGUGUUGCCAACAGACUCUACGGGGAGCAGUCUUACAAGUUUGUUGAGGAUUUCCUAAAAGGGACGAGGAAGCACUACAGAGCAGAACUAGAGUCAGUGGACUUCAUUAACAACCAUGAGGCUGCCAGGCUAAAGAUCAACAGCUGGGUGGAGAAGGAGACACAAGGUAAAAUUAAGGAUGUUCUGGCCCAGGGUGUGUUGGACAGCCUGUCAAGGCUGGUGCUGGUCAAUGCCAUCUAUUUUAAAGGCAACUGGAAUAAGAAAUUUCAGGAGACCUCAACACACGACGCUCAGUUUAGGCUUAACAAGAAUGAAACCAAACCAGUGAAAAUGAUGCACAUGAAAGACAAAUUUCCCCUAGCCUUCAUCCCUGAAGCCAACUGCCAGAUUUUAGAGAUGCCUUACAAAGGGAAGGACCUCAGCAUGCUCAUCUUUUUACCCAAUGAAAUAGAGGACAGUUCAACUGGACUGAACAAGAUAGAGGAGAAUCUGACCUAUGACAACUUUGUGGAGUGGACCCGUCCUGAGAUGAUGGAUGAAAUUGAGGUCCAGGUUGGCCUGCCUAGAUUCAAGAUGGAGGAGGACUAUGACAUGAAAAAUGUCUUGGUCAGCAUGGGAAUGGUGGAUGCCUUCGACAUGUCCAUGAGUGAUUUUUCUGGCAUGUCUCCAGCUAACGACCUGGUAUUGUCCAAAGUCGUCCACAAGGCUUUCGUCGAGGUGAACGAGGAGGGAACCGAGGCUGCAGCAGCAACUGCUGCCAUCAUGAUGUUGCGCUGUCUUCCAAUGCCAACGCCCAAAUUUAUCGCUGACCAUCCCUUCCUCUUCUUCAUUCGACAUAACCCAUCCAUGAGUGUCCUUUUUGCUGGCCGAUAUUGCUCCCCUAAAUGAUUACUUUAGUGCUUCAGUGCUGCAGUUCCACCUAAUAUUACGCUACGUAGUGUGAACCAAUGCACCGAACCAACCUAUUGUGUCUUUUUUGUUGUUGUUAUGUUUAUGUCAGGCUAAUCAUUUUAUGUGAUUCCCCAAUGAUUUUGCAUUUAUCGCUCACUGCAAAUGGCUUUGGGCACAUUCUCUCAACCAUGGAUGGUCCUUAUCUGUUUGGUGCCUUACAUUACUGUAUUUUACUGUGUAUACAUUACACAUGUUUUAUAUUCAACCAUUCUAUAGUUAUACCCAAAAAUAAAUAAAUUAUUGUCUAAUCCUCAUCACACUUAUGUACCAAAGACAAAAAUGAGGGAAAUAUACAUUGUCCACACCUGUGUACAGUUUAAAUGCUAAUUAGGUAUAUACAUUAUUCAUUACAGUGCACUAUUUGAUGAUUAAAGUUAACUGAAAUGUAAACAGCUCAGCUAUUCUAUACUGUCUAAACAUAAUAUUGUUUACUGCAAUAAAUUGUUUUUAAAACAAA